AUGAAUAGUUAAAAUAUCAUUAUAAAUGAAAAUGUUACUAGACAAUUGAUGGAAGCUGGUUAUACUUAAGAAUAGAGUAUUUUAGCAAUUUAAGCAACUAAUUUAUUUGGUGAUAAUGAAAAUCUAAAUCAAUACUUAGCCUUAGCCAAAAAUAAUUACAAUGAUUUAUAUUAAAUAGUUCAUUCUUAGAGUUAGAACAAUUAAAACUUAAAUAAUUUAUAAUAACAAUAAACUACAAAUUAAUUUUAUGAUGUAAUACUUUUUAUUAUGGUUAGAUAUAAAAUUCUACUAAAAGAAGAAGCAAAUAUACAUUUAUUCCAGUCGGUUUAGUCAAUAUUGGUAAUAUUUGCUAUUUUAAUUCACUAUUAUAAUUGAUGUUAAAUAAUCCUAUAUUUAUUUAGACAAUAUUUAAUUAUAAAGUACAAUAUUGCAAUGAUGUAAACUUUAUUUCUCAUUUAGAAAUAUGAUAAUUUUUUGAAUUCACUUUAGAAGUUGUUUGCAAAUUUACUUAUUUCAAAUUAAAAUUAUUAUGAUGCAAGCGAAGUACUUUAAUUUAUGUGUUGGGAUUCACAAGAUAUUAAAUUAGUAGGAAAUUAGUAAGAUUUCACAGAACUAUGUGAAUUAUUCCUAUAAAAAGUAGAUCAAUCUUUAUAAUAGAAAUAACAUUAAUAAUUUUAAAAUUAAUCUAAUUUAAAUGUUAAAGAUUUCUUUACAAAUCAAAUGUUAAACUAAUAAUUUGUAUUAAGAUAUUAAACAAAAUAACAUUAAAUUUUUAUACCUGCAAAUCUAAAUUAUAGUAAUAUAUACAAUACAUUAUAUAAUGAAUUUUAAUAAUAAAAAUUAGCAACUAUUCCUGAAAAUCUUUUUUUUUAAAUUUCAAGAUAUUAAUAUAAUAGAAAUAUUUAAAAUAUGGUCAAAUUAACUUAAGAUUUUACUUUGCAUUAAGAGAUCUAUAUUGAUUUUAUACUAAAAGAUAUCUACAAGGUAAAUAAUUUAUUUCAACGUUUUAAUGGUAAUAUCAAUGAUAAUCAAUAGAUAGAUUUCAAUCCUUAAAAAGGUAAAUUAUUUAUAUAAUAAUUUUUUAGUUUUAAAAUAGAUUUCAUCAUUUCAAGAAAUUAUUGAUUAUUAUAGAGUCCUUUAAAAUGAUAUCAUGGUUUAAUAAUUAUCAUUAGAUUUAGAUUUAUUAAAAGUAUAAUAAUCAGUUUAAAAUGAAAAUAAGAAAGGAGAAUAUAAAUGGUUAAAUCAAUAAUUAUCAUAAUUCUGCUUUAAAAAAUACUAUAUACAUAGUAUUGUUAUUCAUUUAGGAAAUGCAAAUUAAGGUCAUUAUUUUAUUUAUAUUUAUAACUUUUCAAAAUAACAAUGGUUUUAAUAUAAUGAUUCUAUUGUAGAGUAGAUAUCUGAAAGUGAGGUUAUGAGAUUAUCCAAAAAUAAUGCUUACAUAGUAACAUAUGUAAGUGAAUAAUAAAGAUAAUAAAUAAGAUAAUAAGAGGAAAUUGCAGAAAUCAUUUUGUAAAAUGAUUUAUCAUAGGAAUUAUAUGAAAAUUUAGGACUCUUAUAAAUGAUACCAAUUAAUUUAUUUUAGGAGAUAUACUAACAGAAUUUGAAUCAGAUAACUUGA